AUGGCGACAACGAAUGCUAAAAUUGUUUCAAGGGCGAUGCAGAGAAUUGCACCGUUGGAGUUGGCAGAUAAAAGCUGGGAUAACGUUGGUCUCCUUGUGGAAUCCCCUCAGCGUAAUGGAUCUGGACAGCAUGUUGUCAUCGUCAAUGAUUUAACAGAGAAAGUGUUCGAUAGGAUUAUCAGUGAUAACCCAUUCGUAUCCGUCGUUGUCAGUUACCACCCACCCAUCUUUAAACCAUUGAAAUCCAUUACAACCGAUAAUCCAAUACAGCGCACACUUCUCAAGUGCAUUUCAAAUGGAAUUAGCGUAUAUUCACCCCACACCGCCUGUGACGCUGUCAGGGGCGGUGUAAAUGAUUGGAUGUUCACUGCUAUCACCGGUCACAAGACUUCAAACGCAAUCAUUCCUACCACUUCCACCAUAGACAGUCAUCACGAUGCUGGAAUGGGUAGAUACGGCACAUUCGCAUCCCCACAGGAUCCUUAUCGUAACCCCAUGAGGAUAAAGGAGGUUAUAAACCACAUAAAGUCUGUUUUCAAUUUAGACACACUUCAAUUCGCCGAUGGAGGUAAGAAACAUAUCAAUAGCGUGGCCGUUUGUGCCGGUUCAGGUUCCUCUAUACUUAGCAAGGCUCCUUCAGUCGACUUGUAUGUCACUGGUGAAAUGGGACACCACGAUGUUCUUGCAGCUGUUGCCAAUGGCACAUCUGUCAUUCUUCUCAAUCACAGCAACUCUGAGCGCGUAUACCUCCAAACAAGCCUGAGAGACGCGUUGACCGAGGCUAUCCAAAUUGAGCGUGAAGAGGCCAAGCUCGAACCAGUGAAGUGGAAAGUGACUACUUGUGUCGAAGACAAGGAUCCUCUUGUUUCAGUAUAA